AUGACAAUAUAUAGGAUGGGAAGAAUAUGGACGAAAGAAAACUUCAAAAGAGUUUCAUGUUGUCUAGCACAUACAGAAAUAUACAAGGACAUACACAGACAUACACCACGACCAACCCAUAUGCUUAGAAUACUAAGAUUCAGGGCAAUCCGUCCACCAGCCACAGAUUUAAGAAGAGCUGCCGAUCCUUCGCCCUACAAAAAAUGGUUCGAAUUGUCAACGGGUGAAAAAGACGUCUUUGUAUCCACUUUUAGAGAUAUCUACAGAAAUAGGUACCCUGCCUCUGGUACAAAUUCUAAGCUUCAUACACUUCUGCCAAGAACCCACGACCCGUAUGAUACUCCAUCUCUGUUUGGCAUCUUCUACGACGAUAUAUGGAAAGUUGUCAACAGGACCAACAGAGAUAACCAUAGAUUCAGCGAUAAAUCAUUUAGGGGUCUUUUAGUGCGCAGGCACACUUAA